AUGCCGGUCUCUCCUUUCAAAGGUUCUCUCGCUCUCUGGAAUCUGAAUUACUUCAAUUCGGAGAAGAAACUCACGGAGAAGCUCCAGGAGAACAAGUUCUUCCCCUUCCAGCUGCAGCAGCCCAAAGUGUUUGUGAUGGAGUAUUACAAAGAUAUGGUCUGGAAGGGAGCCCUGCUUUUUGUGGUCUCACUGGUGGGCACCGUCUUCUACUUCCGGUCUGAAAAGGGCUCCCAGGACUUCUCAGUCCUUUUUUUCUAUGCCAUGGUGACCGGCCUGUGGCUCAUCGCCAGCAACAUGAACAAGCGGCGGCUGAUCAUCAACCACGCCAAGGACUUCUACCAGUUCUACAUCAAGGGCAUCUUGUGGCACGAGGGGCCCUUGCACCAGAUCUACGUCCGAAUCGUGGCCCAGAGGGAUGCUUAUGGAAAACUGUUCUACAGCCUGAUCAUCAAUGGAUAUCAUUUGGAGGUGCUCACCUUGUCGGACCUGUCGGAGAAAUACGAGAUACUGGACAAUCUGGGGCGUCGCAUUGCCCGCAACCUGAACCUGAACUACUUUGACUACCAGGAUGUCUCCACGCGGCACGUCAUCCGCCACACAGCGCCCACCAAGGAGGAGGAGGAGGAAGUCGAAAACACCGACAACGUCAGCGUCUGA